GCUGAUUUAGAACCUGAAGGGUUUUGGGUGGUCACAGUCGGCCAAGAAGUUGGUAUAUUUUACCACUGGGCUGAUGUGGCUGAGCGCACCCAUUUUGUUAGUGGUAACAUUCAGAAGUGGUACCCUUCAUUUCAGAAGGUGCUUGAAGUAUAUACCACUCAAUAUAAUGAAGGUAGAUUGCAAGCU